AUGCGGAUACCUGUUUACCUUCUAGCUGGCCUCGGACUCUCAACAUGCGCAACAGGGUUGCCCAGGCUGGGUGUCGAUGGGCCUAUUCGUGACGACCCUGGUGCUGCUGACUCGGCGGAGGGUCUCGUCGCAGCCGCGGCAAGCCGUCUGGGUGCAUUGCUGGAUCCGCUGGUGGACAAUGGUAUCCCUCGUGGUGAUGUCGAAGAGCUGUUCGUGGAGCAGCGGCUCGACCACUUCGACAGGCAGAAUUCGAGGAAAUUCCUGCAGCGGUACUUCAUCAACAAAAAGUAUUGGGCAGGGGCAAGCUCGGGGGCCCCGGUGUUUCUGUGCGUUGGGGGCGAGGGGCCUCCUCUCGAAGCGAACGUACUGUCGGAGAGCGUGCACUGCAAUGACAUGCUGGAGCUUGCGCCGGAACACAAUGCUCUCGUCUUGGCGGUGGAACACCGAUAUUACGGCAAGAGCAACCCUGGAGAUGAUUGGGCAACAGACUCGCUGCGCUGGCUUAGCAGCCAACAGGCGCUGGCCGACCUGUCCAGCUUCCACGGGUUCCUUUCCGACAAGGAGGGAUUGACCGGAGCCGAGAAAUGGGUUACGUGGGGAGGGUCCUACCCCGGGAUGCUUGCCGGCUGGGCUAGGCUUAAGUAUCCUCACUUGUUCCACGCUGCCGUGUCCUCCUCCUCGCCCAUGAAGGCACAGCUCGACUUCCCGCAGUACGCCGAGGUGAUGCGAGACUCGCUAGCAAGCGGAGUGGACGGCGUUGGGGGCUCCGAGGAGUGCGCGUCAGCUGUGGAAGCAGGCCAUGCGUCGAUCGGAGAACUAUUGCUGACGGAGGAGGGGCAACUAGAGCUAGUGGCAACGUUCCAGCUUUGCGACGCGUCAUCUCUCCAAGACGAGGACGCCAGGGUGCUGUUUGCCGGGGAUGGUGUGGUGACGCUGCCCAUCCAGGGGAACGACCCUGCCUGCAACGGCAUGGUUUGCAACAUCAGGGCGGUUUGCGAGAUCAUGACCGAUGCCACCAGAGGCUCGGAGGUGGAAAGGCUGGCCGCGAUUCGAAAAAUCCAGAGAUCCUCCGACGCAGAAGCGAUAGAGGAGCCACGAUCAUCACCCUCACCGUGCGAAGUGUUCCCGCCCAAGGACAUGAACACCGCUGCUGGCCGCUAUGGUGGCCGAAGCAGAGAGCGCGGUGCGGGACUGCGGCGGGAUUAUCCCGGGCAAGAGAUGAAACUGCUGGGGAGGUGGGCGAUGGAUCCUUCGGACCCCGACAGGGCGUGGCUGUACCAGACGUGCACCGAGUUUGGCUUCUAUCAGACUUGCGAGGUCGGAACCCGGUGCCCGUUCACUCAGGGCCUUCACACCCUAGAUCUUGAUUUGGCCAUGUGCGAGGAGGCCUUCGGGAUAAGGGCGGAAGAGGUUCGAGAACAGGUUCGGCUCACGAACCUCUUCUACGGAGGGGACCGACCAAGAGGAUCGCGGGUGAUCUUCCCCAACGGUGCUAUCGACCCGUGGCAUGCUCUCGGUGUACUCGAGACUCCCACUCCAGGCUUGCCGGCGAUAUACGUAGAAGGUGCGUCGCAUCACUUCUGGACGCACCCCUCCAAGCCCACCGAUUCCCCCGACAUCGUCAAAGCUCGCCACGUCAUCUGGAACCAGGUCACGGCAUGGUUGGGUGAAGAUGACUGAUAUGAUGCCAUGGCGGGGUUGCAUGAUGAUAUUUUAAGGAGUAUCCCGGCGACGACGACACGAUCGACGAGCUGCAGCAAAGCAAGCCGAACGCAGUCAAUACAGACCCAAAGCAAAGCUACACAGAACCGCUGCUGUCUUGCAAUCCUUUCUCGCUUUUUUGGCGCGCUGCAGCGCGGGGGCACAACAGUCGGGAAGGAAACUUGUCGCAGGGGGGGGGGAGGGGGGGGGCUGGUACGGAGCUUUGGCAGCUCCGGGAAAAGCUGUGAGGGGAGAAGGGGAGUGCAGCUGUUGCACAGCGAACCGCACGCUAUGGCAUUUUGUGUGUAUCCUCACGAGUGGCAUGGGUGACCGUUCCUCUCUGGAUUGUAUAUAUCUAGGUGUUUUUUUGGAGUUAACCGCGGGUUACCGUCUCGCCGACAGAUGUCUCCUCCAGUGGAUGGUUGCGGAUUGCGCGAUAUACGCGCCGCGCCGUGCUCCCGAACCAUAUCUUCGAGAUUAUCGGCGGCGCGGUUAAAGAACGGGCGGUCAGAUUAGGGCCUCACACUGGUUUGGAUCAGCCUUAGCGGCCUUCCACUUUGUAGAUAAAGAGGCAUGUUUGUCUGGUAUGGGUCUUGAUCUUGCGGCUAUGUAGGAGGGGUGUCGUACUUUUGUACGUAAGCAGACGUACAUUGGGUUGGUGAAACUGCCACAGCAGUGGUGUGCCCUCCAAUAGGGCGGGGUUGUGCCAGGCCGAUUCACCCACCCGAUAGCGGGUACCGGCACGACUCCAAGUAUCAUACAACCUGAACGUUCUACUGCUUUGCCAGACAAUUCACUCGCCCAAUAGAAGGCAUGUUUUUGGGGAAGGUGAAGGAGUGGUGUGGCCUCAAACCCACGGCGAACGUAGUUCUCUCUUCUGCUGCGCCGCGUUUGUGUAUCCGACCCGUUGGUGGAGAGCGGUGGAUUGUUGCCGAACGAUUUUUGGACGCCAGGCCUUUGUGGGCCUCGGGAGUGCGGGCGUUGUAUGUCUUUGAUGUGUACGUGUUUUCCGGGUUCGCGAACGAACGCCGUUUGCAACGAACGGCCAAAAAAUCUUCUUUUCCGACUUUUUGUAGCUCCCGCCCGGCUCGAGAGAAGACCAAGUCAAUGUCCCCAUGUAGACUUGUGUGGCGUGUUGUGUUUGGAAGGUAGAAUAUGUUUGAGUGCGAACAGACGCUUUUGUAGCUAUCACGUCGUAUGGGGGGGGUGUUGUGUUUUGUACGAUGUCAUUGUUCAUGCCCAGGAAGACAGUAUCGUCGUGCUCAUCAGGUAUCUAGGAUACGGUUCUUUGCUGGUUAACACGCCAUUGGCGCCACUGUUUUUUAAAGAGGGAAUUACCCCCUG